CUUCUCCGUUUGACAAGAAAACGCCGGCUUGUAUGAGUUGAAGUUUGGCUUCAGUGGAUUCUCCGGCAAGAAAUUUGCUUCUAUAAAUCACUGCAUGAGCCUCUGAUUCCAACCAGAAAAACAUGAUGACUCCUUCAAUUGCCUCCUUUGUUUCCUCCGUCCUUCUCACCAUUCUGCUGACUUCAAUCCCAAUCCAAACCCAAGCCGGCAACCCCCACGUCAUCAAUUUCCGCUCCCCAAAUCUCUACCCCGAAGGCCUCACCUACGACCCCUCCGCCCAGCACUUCAUCGUCGGCGCCCUCCGCCACCGCACAAUCUACUCCGUCUCCGACGCCGGCGUCGCCGACCUUCUCAUCUCCGACCCCGCCCUCCCCGAAAACGUCUCCUUCGUCGGCCUCGCCGUCGACACCGUCGGAAACCGCCUCCUCGCCGCCGUCCAAUCCAUCGAGCCGCUCCCUCCCUUCAGCGCCCUCGCCGCCUACGACCUCCGCACGCGCCGCCGCCUCUUCCUCGCUCCCCUCCCCUCCGCCGACGGCGACGCAUCCCGCCAGAUCGCCAACGGCGUCGCCGUGGACUUCAAGGGCAACGCUUACGUCACCAACUCGGCGGCCAACUUCAUCUGGAAAGUCAACUCCGAAGGAGUCGCCACUAUCUUCUCCAAGUCUCCGCUUUUCUCGGCCUACCCUGUGGACCCCGAGACGCCCCACAGCUACUGCGGACUCAACGGCAUUGCUUACGUCAGCAAGGGGUACCUACUGGUGGUGCAGAGCAACACGGGGAGGAUGUUCAAGGUGGACGCCGAGGACGGGACCGCCAGGGAGGUUCUGCUGCCGGAGAACCUGCCCUUGGCCGACGGCAUUGCGAUGAGGAGAGACGGCGGCGUUGUGGUGGUUUCUAUGCACAAAAUGUGGUUUCUUAAGAGCCAAGACAACUGGUCAGAGGGCGUGGUUUAUGACAGGACAGAGCUUGAGGUGGAGAGGUUUCCAACCUCCGUGGCCGUGGCGGUGGAGGACAGGGUGUAUGUGAUAUACGGGCAUGCACUCGAGGGGAUGGCGGGGAAUAUGGAGAGGGAGGUGUUUAGUAUAGCGGAGGUGAGGUCGGAGAAGGAGAGCAAGGAUGAGAAUGUAUGGAUUUUUGUUUUGGUUGGGUUGGGGUUGGCUUACUUCAUGUUUUGGAGGUUUCAGAUGCGCCAGCUUGUUGGCAACAUGAACAAAAAGACCAACUAGUUUCACGUUUUUGUAGCUUAUUUUGUAACAAUAAACUUAGUUUCUUCUGUUAUAUAAGA